AUCACAUCAUUUACAGACAGAACUUUAGUCUGACUUCAAACCAGCGACUUUAAUCAGCGUCAAGAGCCAAAACCAACCAAACUAAGAGAGAUUUAAAGAAGUAGUGAGUGGAGGAAGCUGCUGAAUCAUGAGUGCUGCUCAGAGUCAAACUACACUGAUGUCCAAACUGGAGGCCCUGCAGUGCCACUUCACCUGGGAUCUGGACCUCAGCAGGUCCAAACUUUUCCGUCUCCGGGACCGACUGAAGGACAUCGGCACCGAGGAGGGAAUCAGCUGGCUGGGUCACAUUCACAACCUGCAGGGGUUUGUUGAAUACAAGAUGAAAAACAUAGAAAAUGCCCAGAGCUUCUUCAACAAGGCUGCAGAGGCCUUCUGCCAGCUGAGAAACGCAGACGAGGGUCCCUGGUUGGUGGUGAACUACGGGAACCUGGCUUGGCUGCACCACCACCUGGGGGACGAAGCAGAGAGUGAGGCUUACCUGUCAAAGGUCGACGCCCUGAUGAAUAAAUACCCGUCUCCAUCCCAGGACGAGCUCCAUCCGGAGAUCUACGCUGAAAAAGCCUGGACCCUGAGGAAGUUCACUGCAGAGAAGAAGCUGCUGGCUGCAGAUUACUUCCAGAGAGCCAUCAGGAUGCAGCCGGACAUGGUGGAGUGGAACUCCAGCUACGUCUUGGGGUUGGUGAAUGAUUUGAAUUACAACAGCACAGGGGUGGAGGCUGAGGUCUUGGAGAAAUUGAGAAUCGCUAAGGAACAAGAUCCAGAGAACUUGUACCUCGCUGUUAAGUACCUUGACGAACGUGCUAAAAAAGGAGAAAGGGUUGAAGAUGAAGCUCGUGAGUUAGCACAAAGGGUUUUCAUAAAUCCUGUCAGCAGCUACAGCGGCUUUAAAGCAUUGAUUCGGGUUUACAGAAACUACGUUUCUGUCGAUGAGGCUAUUGAUUUGGUAGAGGAGGCUCUGGAGAACCAUCCAGAUGAGCGUUAUCUGAAGAAAUGUGCUGCACUCUGCUAUAAGUGGAAGAUCAUUUUUUUCAGGGAAAGUCAUCCAAAGCAAAGCAUGAUAGACAGAGCAAUCACUCUCCACAAGGAGGUGAUUUCUCUUUACCCACAUUCUUCACUUGUGAAGAAAAUAGACCUCGCCAACAUAUACGCAAAGUCAAGUAACGGUCUAGCUAAAGCUGAGCAGAUCUACCAGGAACUGUUAGAACGGGACCUGGAACCUACAGACAAACAGAUGCUUUACAACAGCUAUGCAAAGUUUUUAAACUUUGAUCGACAGGAUUGCAACAGGUCUGUACGAUAUCACAUGAAGGCAGCUGCGAUACCCCAACAAUCCUUCUUUCGAGACAACAGCAUCAAAGUUCUGGAGAAGAUUAAAGGCAGAAACAGGAACCGAAUGUGUAGAGAAAUAGAGGAGUUUCUGGAAAAAUUGGAACUUCUCAGCAAAAACCAUUAGUUUUAGUGGCAUUGCAGACCGAAGUGGCAAUCUAUACAGGAGGUUAACUUUUCACAUUUGGCUCAUUAGCAAACUCGCUAAUUCUUGUUUAUUUGUGAUCCGAUAAACACUAAAUUCACCCAGUGAUUUCCCACAACAACUAAACACAACCGUCUCAUUUAAAGUGGGUCAGAAAAACGAAAGACACAUCCAAAGAGAUCCUGAGUCUGUCCAGUGUUUUCCAAUGAAAGAAGCUCCAAAAGUCGCCAGAUGACUUAAAUUGCUAAUUUGCAUAUUCACUCAUAUUCACUCACUCUGUGCGGUUCCUCUCCCUCACAUCCUCCUCCGAACACCGUUUCUUAGGUCUUUUAGGUCAUUUUACCAUCACAAUGAUUUCUAAACUGUUUUAUUAAGUUGAAAAUGCUGCAUAGUUCUGCUUUAAUGUUGUUGUUCCGGUACAAAUUCACCGUAGAUGUCAAAAAAAGACAUCUCCUGUCUCUCACCUGUAAAAGAACGAGCUCACCAUAGCAUGUUUUACGUUCUCUCCUGUUCCCAGUUCGUUUAAAAUAGUUGAUAAAUUUGUCGCAAGUUGCUUUUCGUGAAUAAAGUCACUAUGAGGGUCUGAAAAGUCACUUAAAGUUGCCAACAGUGGUGAGAACAAGAACAUGACGUCACAAUUUACCAAUCCUUUCUAGCCAUAACCCGU